AUGCCUAUUGUCUCUGUUAACAUUAAAAAUUUCUUCAAAAAGUUAGGAAAGGAACUCAAAUUCCACGAAUUGGAAGAAUUAUGCUUCGAAUAUGGUAUCGAAGUAGAAGAAAAGGAAGUCUCCAAGAAAAAUAAGAAGUCAGGCAAAGAAGAAAAAGUUAAAGAAUAUGCUUUUGAAGUUGGUGCUAACAGACCUGAUUUACUCUCUGUAGAAACUCUUACUUAAGCUUUGGGAGUCUUUAUUGGUACUCGCCAACCCCCUCAAUAUACAGUAAAGCCUGUUGAACAAAGAUAAAAGAUUAUUGUUAAGAAGGAUUGCAAGCGUAUUAGACCUUUUGUUGUUGGUGCUGUUUUGAGAAAUGUUACCUUCACUCAAGAAUCCUAUGAUUCUUUCAUUGACUUCUAAGAUAAGUUACAUCACAAUCUUUGUCGUAGAAGAAGAUUAGUCGCUAUUGGUACUCAUGAUUUAGAUACCAUAUAAGGUCCUUUUACUUAUGAUGCUAGAAACCCUGCUGACAUCAAGUUUGUACCUCUCGAUAAAACCGAAAGCAUGGAUGGAAACAGACUUAUGGAAUUUUACGAAAAAGACUCUCACUUAAAAGAUUUCUUACCCAUUAUCAGAAAUUCUCCUGUUUAUCCUGUAAUUCUUGACUCAAAUAAUGUUGUAUGCUCUCUUCCUCCCAUCAUUAAUGGUGACCACUCUAAAAUUAAACUUACUACUAAAAACGUUUUUAUUGAAUCAACUGCUACUGACUAUACUAGAGCUUUGAUUGCCUUAAACUGUUUAGUUGCUGCCUUCUCUGAAUAUUGUGCUGAACCCUACACCGUCGAAGAAGUUGAAAUUCAUUAUGAAGAAGAAAAUAGAACAGAUAUUACUCCCUAAUUUACUAUUAAUAAAUUUUAAACUAAAAUUUCUCACUUAAACAGCGUUGGUACCAUCAAUGUUACUGCAGAAUAAGCUUGCAAAUUAUUAGAAAGAAUGAGUCUUACUGCAAAAGUUCUUAAUAAUGAUGAAAUCGAAGUAGCUGUCCCAAUCACCAGAGGAGAUAUUCUUUAAGAGUGUGAUAUUAUUGAAGACGUUUGCAUUGCAUACGGUUUCAAAAACAUCAAGGCUGUUUUACCUAAAACUCCUACUGUUGGUAAAUAAUUAUUACUCAACAAGAUGAGUGAUUUGAUUCGUGAAGAAAUCGCUGCAGCUGGUUAUAAGGAAGGUCUUAAUUUCGUUUUAGUUUCAAGAGAUGAUUUAACCAAAAAGCUUAAAAAGGAAAAUGAUGAAUAAAUGAUUAUUAUUGACAACCCCAAAACUGAAGAAUUCAGCGUUGGUAGAACUACACUUCUUCCUGGUUGCCUUAAAUGGUUAUCAUCAAAUAAAAAGAAUAAGAUCCCUAUCAGUAUGUUUGAAGUUGGUGAUGUUAUUUUGAAGGAUGAAACUAGAGAAACUAAUACCAGAAACGAAAGAAGAUUAUGUGCUAUCUACACUAAUCACAACUCUGAAUUAGAAGUUGUUCAUGGUUUACUUGAUUAUAUUAUGUUAAAGCUUAUGGUUAACCUUGAUUCUACAGGAACUUGUAAGGCAGAAAGAAGAUACAGACUUGUUCCUUCUGAUGAACCUACAUAUUUCUUAGAUAGAUAAGCUCAUGUCUACUACAAUGAUAAGAAAAUCGGAAAUUUGGGUAUCUUACAUCCAGAUGUUGUUAAAAAUUUCGAAUGGAAAUAUCCCGUUUCUGUUUUGGAAUUAAAUUUAGAACCUCUUAUUAACGAAUUCCACUAAUGA